AAAAAAGAUGAAAUUCGUAUCGCUGGAUUAUUUGAUCAAAUGUCCGAAGAUCAGAAUAAGAUAUUUCAAUUAGCUGCUGAAGCAAUUAAUGAGCAACGAGCUGGCACUUUAUCGCGAAAUGAGGAAGAGCCUUCUGCUGUAUUACCAUGGCAUGAACUAGUUGCAGAUUCUUCAGUUAUAGCUGAUGAUAACUUGUUUAUGAUUUCUCGAACAGUUUGUGAAUUACUGGAGAAAGGUAUUGUUGGUUUAUUUGGGCCAACUGCUGGUCUGUCAUCUGGCUAUGUACAAUCAAUGUGUGAUUUAAUGGAAAUACCACAUAUAGAAACACGACGUGAUCAUUUACCGAAUCGUGGUACAUGUAUGAUAAAUUUACAUCCAUAUCCGCCAACGUUAGCUCGUGUAUAUUCCGAUUUGGUACAUGUAAUGAAAUGGACAUCGUUUACAAUUUUAUAUGACACGGAUGAGAGUUUACCGCGUAUUAAUGCAUUAUUAAAAUUAUAUGAUCCAAAAGGUUACAGUGUUGUUGUACGAAAAUUAGACAUUUAUAAUGGUGAUGGAAAUAUUAGAUCUAUUUUAAAAGAAGUCAAAGAAAAUGGUGAGCGUUAUUUUAUCGUAGAAAGUGCGGGAUAUGAUCUAUUCAAAAUAUUAACACAAGCACAACAAGUGGGAAUGAUAUCAGACCAUUAUCAUUACAUUAUUACAACUUUGGAUAUGCAUACCAUCGAUUUAGAACCAUUUCAAUAUGGUGGUGCAAAUAUUACUGGGGUACGAAUGAUUGAUCCAGAGGAUGAUGAUGUUGAACAAGCUACAAUGUUGUGGCGUGAAUUUGAACAAAGACGUGGUGAGACACUAAUAGAAUCAUUGGAAAAAGAGAAACUAACAUUAGAUAGCGCAUUAAUGUAUGAUGCGGUAUUUAUAUUUGCCGAGGCUUUGCAUCAAUUAAAUCAAUCGAAUAGCAUAAGAACACGACCACUAGAUUGUGAUGAAUUCGAUAAUUGGGAGCAUGGAUAUAGUUUAAUUAAUUAUAUGAGAAUGGUAAACUGGAAAGGCCUAUCCGGUAUUCUCAAAUUUGAUCACCAAGGAUUUCGUACCGACUUUAUGUUACAAAUUGUAGAAUUAACAUCCAACGGAUUACAAAAAAUUGGUACAUGGAAUUCAACAGAGGGGUUAAACAUCACUCGCACACAAGUGGCUCAUCAUGAAAGCGAACAAGUAGCAAAUUUUAAAAACAAAACUUUUCUUGUAUUAACAGCGUUGAGUAAACCUUAUGGAAUGUUAAAAGAUUCAGCAGACAAAUUAACUGGAAACGAUCGAUAUGAAGGUUUUGGAAUUGAUUUAAUUCAUGAAUUAUCUUUAAUGUUAGGAUUUAAUUACAUAUAUGCUAUACAAGAAGAUAAUAAUUAUGGAUCGAUAAAUAAGAAGACCGGCGAAUGGGAAGGAAUGUUAAGAGAAGUUAUGGAUGGGCGAGCUGAUUUAGCUAUUACAGACUUAACAAUCACAUCGGCCCGAGAAUCAGUUGUAGAUUUUACUUCACCAUUCAUGAAUUUAGGUAUUAGUAUAUUAUAUACAAAAGCAAAAAAAAUGCCACCAGAACUCUUCUCUUUCAUGUCACCAUUUUCAAAGGAAUUAUGGUAUUAUAUGGGUGCAGCAUACUUCAGUAUUUCGUUUUUGUUUUUCUUGAUGGGACGAUUGAGUCCGGAUGAAUGGAUGAAUCCUUACCCUUGUGUAGAAGAGCCUGAAGUUCUGUCAAAUCAAUUUAGUUUAACGAAUUCAUUUUGGUUUACUAUUGGUAGUAUAUUACAACAAGGAUCAGAAAUAGCACCAGUAUCAACGUCUACACGUGUAGCAGCUGGAACAUGGUGGUUUUUUACAGUAAUAAUGGUAUCAUCUUAUACAGCCAAUUUGUCUGCUUGUCUAACAGUCGAACAAUUAUUUGAACCCAUUAAAAGUGCAGAAGACCUUGCUGCACAAACAGCUAUACAAUAUGGAUCUAAAGAAAAAGGUUCGACCGAAGGAUUUUUUAAGGAGGCAACUUACCCCCCAUAUAAAAAAAUGUAUGAAUAUAUGCAGAAUAUACCAGGUGUAAUGUUCGAUGACAAUGAUAAGGGUGUUACACGAGUUAAGACCACAAAUUAUGCAUAUUUGAUGGAAUCCACUUCUAUUGAGUACAUUACACAGAGAGAUUGUGAUCUACAACAGGUUGGGGAUUUAUUAGAUGAUAAAGGAUAUGGAAUUGCGAUGCGUAAAAAUUCAUCUUAUCGGAAUGAUUUAAGUACGGCAGUUUUAAAACUUCAAGAAGCUGGUCAAUUACAAAAACUAAAAGAUAAAUGGUGGAAGGAAAAACGUGGUGGUGGUGCUUGUGAAACUUCCGGGGCAGCAACUGCGGCAGCUGCAUUAGAUUUGCCAAAUGUGGGUGGCGUAUUUAUUGUAUUGGUAGCAGGUAUGGCUUUUUCAACCGUUACUGCCUUUUUGGAAAUGUGUUUCGGUGCUGUGAUUCGUAGUUAUAAAUAUAAAAUUCCAUUGCAUGAAGAGUUAAUCAAUGAAUUGAAAUUCUUGAUACGAUGUUGGGGUUUAACGAAGCCAGUAAGGACAUCUAGCGAAGAAGAUAAUGUAGACGGUGACGGUGGUAAUCGAAAACCUGACGAUGAAAACAAUGGUUUUGAUGACUUAGCAAAUGAUUUAUAUAAUUAUGAACCAGAUCUUACUAGAAGUAAUGAAAUCAAGCAUUCUAUUUGAGUCUUGUAAUUUUAAUGGUCUUUAAUAAAACAUAAUAAUUUUCAAUCCAAAUAAUAUUUUAUUUGGAGUAUCUUAAUUUUUAUGGUUUCUGAUAGCAAUAGAUGCCCAUAGAUUCUUUCUCAUAUG